AUGGCAGAGCUGGGAGUGGCAAAGCCGCCGCACCAGGCACCAGGAGGGCUGUUCUGCAUUCACUUCAGCAGGGGCAGCACUGGGGGUGGCAGGAGGGACAAGGAGCAGGCUGUCCUGUCCAUCUGGGAGAAGGGGGACGACAAGUUCAUCCGGUGCAGGUUACCCCUGGGGCUCAGGCAGUCCUGCCAGCAGAGCCUCAGCAGCACAGGCCUGUACCGCCAACAGCCUGCACCUGCUCAUACACGUGGUCCUUCCCACGAGAGCCUGCGGGGGGGGGGGCAGAGUAUGACACCAGCUGAAGAACAAAGUGUUUUGUGGCUGUCCAUCGGGACUGAGGCCCUGAAUAUCCUUCGUAUGUUGACAAGUUGUCUUGACAUGAUGAGAUAUCACAGCUCUGGCUUCCACUGGCUCAAGGAGGAUGCCUCCGUAGCCGUCCCCUUGGUGCUUGCAGGGUUCCUUGGCACGGUGGCCACCAUGACAUACACAACCAUUUUUCAAAUCACUGUGAACCUUGGACCAGAAGAUUGGAGGCCUCAGACUAGGGACUAGGGCUGGUCGUACUGCCUCGCCUGGGGUUCUUUUACCCGCUGCGUGGCUGUGUCCAUCGUGGUCAUGAGCAGGUACACAGCGGCCCACCUGGUCACAGAGAGGCAGAGGGUACAGAAGAGCAGUCGGCACUCCCAACACGACUUCCCGGAACCCAAGGCUUCAGAAAGUGUUUGAAGCUGCUCCCAGCCCUCUGGGCAUGCCUUUGUGAGUAUAUCUGAGCACCUGCCACCAGGUGCCCCAGGCAAGCUGUCCCGGUGUUAG